GCAGAUGCGCGCGCGUGUGCAUGAGGAUGCUUCUAUGGGCUCGAUGGGCUGCGGGGGAAGCAGAUCCGCCACGAUCGAACCCCGUUAUUACGAGAGCAGAGACACCGAGUCGACGUGGCUGACGAGCACGGACACGGACACGCAGCGGGCCGCCGGUACCGGAACCGGAGAGAGCGCGAGCGACGAUGACAAGACCGCAGCGGGAGCCGCAUCAGAUCAAAAGGAAGAGAAGCCUGUGACCAGAAGCUCUUCUGCCAAAGAGAAGAAGCUGGUGAACGCUGGCACCCAGUGUGGAAGAAACCCCGGCGGCACCCCAAGGAGACCAGCGCACAGAGACCAGGAUAAGAGUAAAUCAAAGACAACCCCUCAGAAAGACGUGGUUAAAAGUGUCCGAUCCGACUGUAAACACAGAGGUGAUGCCUUGACAUGAGUUUGAUGCUGUCAAACACGUCUAAUUAGAUGCAUAUGUUAAAUCGUCUGUGUGUCUGCAUGCAAACGCUGAGCGCUGGAGCGGAUGCUGACCCUGACCCUGACAUGCUGCAACGCCUCAUUUGCAUCUCUGAAGUGUUAUUUAUUUCCCUCCAGUAUUAUGUAUUUUCAUCAGUAUUGUGAUAUUCUAGUGCCUAAUGAGUCUGUGUGAUAAUGCAGAUGUCUCAGGUUGUGAUGGGAUGAAAUGAA